CAUCCACACGUCAAGAGUAAACCGUCUAAUCUGUCUCUGAUCUGCCACACUUUAACAAUAUCAUCAAGGAGUCCGAUUGUGAAAGAGAGAGAAAGAGCGAUAUUUACAACAAAAAAAAGAAGUUCACGUGUUCUGUGAAGAUGAUGCGAGCCCACAUCGAGGUGAUUCCCUGUAAGAUCUGUGGAGACAAGUCAUCCGGUGUGCACUAUGGGGUUAUCACCUGUGAGGGCUGCAAGGGUUUUUUUCGAAGGAGUCAGUCCUCCAGUGUCCAGUAUUCUUGCUCUAGGCAGAGUAACUGCCUCAUUGACCGCGCCAGCAGGAACCGCUGCCAGAGCUGCCGACUCAAAAAAUGUGUUGCCCAGGGAAUGAGCCGAGAUGCUGUAAAGUUUGGCCGCAUGUCUAAGCGUCAGAGAGAUUCUCUUUUUGCUGAGGUUGAAAGACAUCAGCAGCAACAACAACAACAGCAGCGUCUUCAGGCCAGCCAAGCCGAGCCCGAACCUAUUCCAGCCUACCGGCCAGGCAAAGAGUCCAGAGGUCGCACAGCACAUUUACUCCAGCCACUGGUUCCCACCUUUCCCUACAGUCUUGACACUGAGCUCAACUGCUCUUCGGAGAUACAUCAAUAUCAUGGCAGUGCCACAGGUGAGGCCCAGGUUACAGCUUUGGCCUACAGAAGUUCUCAAAGGAGUGGCGAGAGCAGCAGUUUUUCAACGUUGAGAGGCUUUGACUCCCGAAGAUCUACACCGGAGGCCAUCCUGAGCAUUCCAGGAAAUGAAAUGGGACUACGAACUUUUGACACUGACAGUUUGUUCUGUCCCUAUCCUAUGUCAACACACAUAGAGGAGCUGUGUGCAAGUAUUUUCCGUUCUCACCGGGAAACAAGUCAGUAUCAUGCGGAAGACCUGCAGGCUCUUAAAUGGAAGGUUUUCAGCAGGGAGGAGGUUCAUGCCUACCAGAACAAAACUAUGGAUGAGAUGUGGCAGCAUUGUGCAGUUCGUUUGACAGAUGCAGUACAGUAUGUGGUGGAAUUUGCAAAACGCAUUCCAGGGUUUCGUCAACUUGGUCAGAAUGAUCAAAUUGCCCUUCUCAAAAGUGGUUCGAUGGAAGUAGUUCUGGUCCGCAUGAGUCGGAUAUUUAAUACAGAGAACAGCACAGUCUUCUUUGAUGGCAAGUUUGCUGGAACUGAGCUUUUCAAGUCUCUGGCAUGUGGCGAUUUUAUUGCAUCAGUAUUUGACUUUGCCCACAGUCUUUGUGCUCUGAGGCUGACAGAGCAGCAGGUGGCGCUGUUCAGUUCACUUGUUCUCAUAAAUGCAGAUCGUCCAUGUCUGGAGGACAGAGACAAAGUGCUGAGAGUGAGAAAGGACGUGGAAUUAGCACUUAAUCAACUCCUACACAGAGACAACCAAGAAAGUUUACUACACAAGCUCUACCAAAAGAUGGCAUUGCUGAAAAACCUGUGUUCACUGCACAUUGAGAAGCUGCGCUGGUUCAGGCAGUAUUACCCAAUGACUGUGCACUCUCUCUUCCCACCACUUUACAAGGAGCUGUUUGUCACAGACAGUGAUGUUCACACAAUGGUUACUCUCUAAAUAUAUCCAGUCAGUCACACAGUACACAUACUACACAGUAUACAAGAACAUGUAACAGUAUGUCUUAAUUAAUCUACACUUAUCUUUGAAAAGAAACAACUAUAUAUUUAUAAUUCUGACACAAAUCCAUUGUGGAAAGAAAGUACAUAAGAAUCUGGUAUUUUGUGUAAAUGCCAUUUAAUGUGAAGCAACAUGUUUCUUACACAUAAUAAGCUCCCUAGCUGUGGAAAAACUGUAUAAAGGUAGCAUUUUAUAGUUCUUUGUAUAAUUGUUUAUGAUUAAUAUGAUUACAAGUUAUUUUCUUAUACUUGUGUGUAAAAUGCCAGUUGCCUCUAAUUACUGGUAUCAGAGUUAUGUAAUGUUAUUCAACUGGGACACUUCACUAGAACAGAAUUACAAAAUCCUUUCCACAAAACCAACAUGUUUGGCUUUCCAGUGUCAAACACUGUUGCCUGUCUUAUUUUCACUUAGAAAUGAUAACUUUAGUAUAAGCAAUGGUUCUUUUGCAAACAACCAUUUCUGAAGAAUAUUAUAAUUCUUCUUUUUCUUUCGGCUGCUCCCUUAAGGGGCCGCCACAGCAGAUCACUUCUCUACGACUGCCUCUAUCAAACAAACUACUUGCAUGUCUUCCCUGACCACACCCAUUAACCUCCUUUUAGGCCUUCUUAGUGGCUCCAUCCUCAGCAUUCUCCUACCAAUAUAACCCAUGUCCCUCCUCUGGACAUGUCCAAACCAUCCCAAUCGGACCUCUCUCACUUUGUCCCCAAAACGUCCUACAUGCAC